AUGUGUGAGGCAGCGUAUGAUAACUAUACAGAAAACCCUGAAGAAUUUAUGAAAUUUUUAGAAGAAUCAGAGAAGCCGCUGUACAAGGGAUGUCAACGUUACACAAAAUUGAGUGCACUUGUGAAACUGUACAAUACCAAAGCAAGGCAUGGAAUGAGUGAUGCUCUGUUUUCAGAUUUACUAUUGGAUUUUGGGGAUAUGUUGCCAAAUAAUCACAAUUUACCAUCCUCAAUGAAGCAAUAUAAAAACUGCGUAAGUUGCCCUAAAUGUGGCUUGUCACGGUGGAAGUUAACCAAAAACAAGGUUGAGAAGAAAGAUUCUACAAGAGUUGUUGGUCAGUUACGUCAUCCAGUUGAUUCACCAUCGUGGAAGUUGGUGGAUCAUAUGUGGCCCGACUUUGAAAGUGAGCCAAGAAAUCUUCGUCUAGCACUUGCAGCUGAUGGCAUUAAUCCUCAUAGCAACCUUAGUAGUCGGUACAGCUGUUGGCCAAUUAUGUUGGUUAACUAUAAUUUACCUCCAAAUAUGUGCAUGAAGAGGAAAUACAUUAUGCUAACUAUGCUCAUUUCAGGGCCUAAGCAGCCUGGAAACGAUAUUGAUGUAUAUCUGGAGGUGUUAGUUGAAGAUUUGCAACAAUUGUGGGCAGGAGUUGAUGGAGUCUAUGAUGCUUAUCGAAGGGAGUUCUUCACUCUUAAAGGAGUCUUAUUAUGGACCAUCAAUGAUUUUCCUGCCUACGGUAACCUUAGUGGAUGUACUACACAUGGUUAUUAUGCAUGCCCAUUAUGUGGAGAAGAUACUUAUGCAAGACACUUGGAAAAUGGGAAGAAAAUGUCAUUUACGGGCCAUAGACGAUUCCUAUCACAGUUUCAUCCCUAUCGUAGGCAAAUCAAGGAGUUUAAUGGCAGGGAAGAACUUGGAGAAGUAGCUAGACCAUUAUCUGGGAUUAAGUUGUUUGAGAAACUUUCUGACAUAAGACAUUGUCUUGAUGUUAUGCACAUCGAGAAAAAUGUAUUUGAAUCCCUCAUUAAUACUUUGAUGAAUGUUAAAGGAAAAACCAAGGAUAAUGUGGCAGCUAGGUUGGACAUGGUUGCGAUGGGAAUUAGACCUGAAUUAACACCUAUAGUUGGGGAGAAGAGAACAUAUCUUCCUUUUGCUGCGUGCUCAUUCACAAAAAAAGAAAAAUUACAAGUGUGCAAGUCAUUAAAGGAUAUAAAAGUUCCAGAAGGUUUCUCUUCAAACAUGAAUAAUAUUGUGUGCAUGGAUCAGCUGAGGUUGACUUGCUUGAAAUCACAUGAUUGCCAUGUUUUAAUGCAGCAUUUCUUGCCAAUAGUUAUACGUGAUGCGCUGCCAAAACAUGUUAGAUAUGCCAUCAUAAGAUUAUGUUUUUUCUUCAAAGAUAUUUGUUGCAAAGUUAUAGAUGUAGCCAAGUUAGAUAAGUUGCAAUCUGACUUGGUUGUUACACUAUGCUUAUUGGAGCAAUAUUUUUCCCCAUCUUUCUUCGAUAUCAUGCUUCACUUAACUGUCCAUCUUGUUCGAGAAGUCCGAUUAUGUGGACCAGUUUACUUUAGAUGGAUGUAUCCAUUUGAAAGAUGCAUGAAGGUGCUUAAGAGUUAUGUAGGCAGUCGAAAACAUCCUGAAGGUUGCAUUGUUCAGAGAUAUUUAGCAGAAGAAGCAAUUGAAUUUUGUUCAGAAUACCUCAGUGACGUUGAUCCUAUUGGAGUUCCUCAAUCAAUUUGA